CGUUCGUUCGUUCGUUCGUUCGUUCCUUCUCCUCAGCCGCCAUCGCCGCCAUCGCCAUGCCGUCCGUGCCGCUGCCGCCCAAAGAGAGUAACCUGUUCAAGCGCAUUCUGAAAUGUUAUGAACAGAAGCAGUACAAAAAUGGCCUCAAAUUUUGCAAGAUGAUUCUUUCGAACCCAAAGUUUGCUGAACAUGGAGAAACAUUGGCUAUGAAAGGAUUGACAUUGAACUGCUUAGGGAAGAAAGAUGCAGCUUAUGAAUUUGUUCGUAAGGGACUUCGAAAUGAUGUCAAGAGCCAUGUCUGUUGGCACGUGUAUGGACUCUUGCAGCGCUCCGAUAAGAAAUACGAUGAGGCUAUUAAGUGCUAUCGAAAUGCCCUCAAAUUAGAUAAGGAUAAUCUGCAGAUCCUGAGAGAUCUUUCUCUGUUACAGAUCCAAAUGAGAGACUUGGAAGGAUACAGAGAGACAAGAUACCAACUUCUUCAGCUGCGGCCCACACAGCGAGCUUCGUGGAUUGGCUAUGCCAUUGCAUACCAUUUGCUGAAAGAUUAUGAUAUGGCACUAAAACUGUUGGAAGAGUUUCGAAAAACUCAGCAAGUUCCUCCUAAUAAGAUCGACUACGAGUACAGUGAAUUGAUACUAUACCAGAAUCAAGUAAUGCGAGAGGCAGAUCUAUUUCAGAAAUCCCUAGAACAUAUAGAAACAUAUGAGAAACAGAUCUGCGAUAAACUUUUAGUAGAGGAAAUUAAAGGGGAAAUGCUGUUGAAGUUGGGACGGCUAAAAGAAGCUGGUGAAGUAUUCAAAGAAUUGAUCGAUCGGAACGUGGAAAAUUGGUAUUACUAUGAAAGCUUGGAAAAAGCCCUGCAACCUAGCACUUUAGAAGAGAGGCUUCAGAUUUAUGAAGAAGUUAGCAAUCGACACCCCAGGGCAGUUUUGCCUAGAAGAUUACCAUUAAACUUUGUCCCAGGUGAAAAAUUUAGAGAACUAAUGGAUAGGUUCCUGAGGGUUAACUUCAGUAAAGGCUGCCCACCUUUGUUUACCACUUUGAAAUCGUUGUAUUACAAUCCAGAAAAGGUUACUACCAUCCAGGAACUUGUCACUAAUUACGAAGCCUCCCUGAAAGCGUGCGACUUUUUCAGUCCACAUGAAAACGGAGAGAAGGAGCCCCCAACGACGCUUCUUUGGGUUCGGCAUUUCCUGGCCCAGCACUUUGACAAACUUGGCCAAUGCUCACUGGCUUUGGAUUACAUUAACGCUGCAAUUGCGAGCACGCCAACUUUAAUAGAACUGUUCUAUAUAAAAGCAAAAAUUUACAAGCACAUAGGAAAUCUCAAAGAAGCUGCCAAAUGGAUGGAUGAAGCUCAGUCUUUGGAUACAGCCGAUCGAUUCAUCAACUCUAAAUGUGCAAAAUACAUGCUACGGGCAAAUAUGGUGAAAGAGGCAGAAGAAAUGUGUUCAAAGUUCACAAGGGAAGGCACGUCUGCCAUGGAAAAUCUAAACGAAAUGCAGUGCAUGUGGUUCCAGACGGAGUGUGCUUCUUCCUAUCAGAGACUGGGGAAAUUUGGAGACGCCUUAAAGAAGUGCCACGAAAUGGAAAGGCAUUUUUUUGAGGUAACAGAUGAUCAGUUUGACUUCCAUACGUACUGCAUGAGAAAGAUGACUCUCCGUGCCUACGUUGACCUUCUGAGAUUAGAGGAUGUGCUCAGAAAACAUGCUUUCUACUUCAAGGCUGCUCGAUCAGCGAUCGAAAUAUACUUGAAGUUACAUGAUAAUCCACUCACCAGUGAAAGUAAAGAACAAGAAGUGAACUCAGAAAAUCUGUCGGCUAAAGAACUGAAGAAAGUGCUUAGCAAGCAGAGGAGGGCCCAGAAAAAAGCCAAACUGGAAGAAGAGAGGAAGCAUGCCGAGAGAGAACGACAGCAAAAGAAUCAGAAAAAAAAGAGAGACGAGGAAGAGGAAGAAGCCAGUGGUCCUAAGGAAGAAUUAGUUCCUGAAAAACUGGAAAGGGUAGAAAAUCCAUUAGAAGAGGCUAUUAAGUUCCUUAUUCCACUUAAAAACCUGGUUGCUGAUAACAUAGAUACCCAUCUUUUAGCAUUUGAAAUAUACUUUAGAAAAGGAAAGUUUCUGUUAAUGCUGCAGUCAGUCAAAAGAGCAUUUGCGAUUAACAGUAAUAAUCCAUGGCUACAUGAAUGCUUAAUUAAGUUUUCUAAAUGUGUGUCAAGUCAUAGCAAUCUCCCAGAAAUUGUCAACAAAGUUUUAACGCAAGAAAUGCAGAAGAUCUUUGUUAACAAGGACUUGGAAAGUUUCAACGAAGAGUUUCUCAAACAAAAUGCUACCUCUGUCCAGCAUCUACUUUCAGGUGCUAAGAUGAUGUAUUUCCUGGACAAAUCAAGGCAAGAGAAGGCAAUUGCUAUUGCCACAAGAUUGGAUGAAACUGUGAGAGAUAAAAAUGUGAAGACUCUGACAAAGGUUUUUGAGGCACUUCUUGAUGGCAGCUUUGGAAGUUGUAGUACUCAGUACAAGGAAUACCGGACAGCGUGUCAUAAACUGUUUCCUUUUACAUCCACCUUUCUGCCUGCCACAAAUGAAGACGAUAGUAGUUCUUCGUCAGUCAACCACACGGCCACUAACCAUGAUGUGCUAGUUAAUGAAAUUUGAAGCAUUGCAAACGUGUAAGACUUUUGUGGAGAUGGUUAGGGCUGGAUUCAGAUCAGGGUUCUUUUCCAGGAUACAUUUCAAUACCUACAAGUACAAAAUAACUAAUUGGAGAGCAGAAUUAAAAUGGAUAUGCUCUUAGCUCGUUUUGUUCUCCCAGACCCUCCCCACCCCCAGUUGUUUCAGCAUCCAUAAUCAACAUCUGUCAUGUUUAUCCCUUGUAUCGUUUUUGUCUUACCAAUAAAACCCUCAAAUUUUGAGCGUUAGAGGAAUGUUCAGGAUUGUGCUUUUCCCUGAACGUUGCGGGUAUGAGAACAUUUGUUCGCUGUAACCAUCGAGCAGUUUGAAGUGACUGAUUCUGAUGUCAUGUCAGUCAGGUUGGCUCCCAGUGCCUGUUUGUUUUGGGUUUUCGUUUGAUUGCUUGGUGUCUGGGUGUUUCCUUGACGUACAUCACUACAAACGCGUUGGCUGUCUUGUGUGCCUUUUUCUUUUUUCCCCCCUCCCAGGCCUGUGUUUCUGGGAAAUCAAUCCUGGCAAAUACAGACAUUGUGCUUUUGAAAUCGAUGGAAGUGUUUGGAACACUUUCCUCUCCAAUGUCCCACGCCCAGUUCAUUUCCUUGAAAAAUAUUAAACCUUAAAAUCUUAAAAAUGUUUUACCGUUAAAGCAGUUAAAAGAUUUCGUCAAACAUUUCUCUAAAUAUCAAUGAGGAUGAUAUUGUCUGUAUGCUUCUACCUGUUCUUCAGUUUUCUUAGGGGCAAUUUAUCCAUUCACAAAGAUGCUCUGAUUUUGCACAGAAAACUAAAACCGUGGAGAGAGAGAGAGAACUAGAAAUUCACAGUCGUUUUCAGGGGAUACCUCAGUGGGAGAUCUUUUAGGUGCCUGCCUCCCCCCAAAUUGAAUUUUUUAAAAUUAAAACUAAAGCUGCUUUCAUUUGAGGAGUGUUUCUUUUUGCACCGAAGUCCUUCAAGUGAGUCUGACUGCAAAUUAGUUACUCCGAAGCGGAGAGCUGUCAGAUGUAUUCAGAUGUACCGACAACAAAGGAGAAUUUGUAAGUAUUCCUACUUUAAUUGUUAAGAUGUAAUCUUGCGGAGAUCAGUGACUUUUUGACAGCUCUGCGUACUCUGGGAAUUACUCUCAAAUCUGAAAGUAUCGUUGGCUUGUACAAAAAGAACUGUAAUAGAAUCGUUCAGUGUUUUUGUUUUUAUUUCAUUGCUUUGUAAAUAUUUCAGUAAGUUACUAGACCUAAGGCAAAUAUAGAUUCAUGAGGGGAGAUUUUACUAAGACAAAUAAACUGUUCCAAUUCAGAUGGUUUCCUGUCUGCCUCAUCCGUUAAAUUUAAAAUUGCCGAACGAAGAAAUUCACUGUACAAUAAUGCCAGCCUAUGUACCGCUGUAAUAAAUUAUUUUGUACACAGUU